CAAUCAGUAGCCCUCGCGCAGUCUACUACAGAAGUGCACGAUGAGAUUUCUGUUUGUUGCCGCCGCCGUCCUCGCCUGCGCCGCAGCCGCGCCAUCUGGCGCGCUGUUGGCAGGACCCUAUGCCCAUGGUCUUAUAGGCCACGCGGCGCCUUACGCCGUGGCCCAUGCCGCCCCUGUGGCAGUAGCCCACGCUGCUCCCUUGGCGGUGGCUGCUCCUACUAUCUCCCCUGGGGACCUCCAAGGUGCCGCCAUCGACGCCCAUGUGGACGCCAGCGACCACGCUCGUGCGGCUGUCGACGCUGCUCGUGAAGCUCACGACCAGGCUUCCGAACUCCAAGGCCAGGCUAUCAACGCUGCCGAAGACCACUCUUGGCAGGCGGUUGAUGCCGUGAAGACCCGUGAAGCUGAACUCGACGGAGCCGCCGCUGGCGCCGCACCUAUCUUGGCUAAGCAGCUGGCUGGUCAUGUUGCCCCAGUGGUGCACGCCGCUCCCUUGGCUUACGCCGCCCCCGCCGUCCACGGGUACGCUGCGCCAAUCGCCCACGCCGCUCCCCUGGCCCACGCCGCGCCUCUGGCCUACGCCGCCGCUCCUUAUGCCGCUAGCAAGACCGUUGUCUCUCAAUCUCUGCAGCAAUCCCACCCAGCUCCCCUUAUCCAUGCCCCAGUUUUGGCCCACGGCUACGCCGGUCAUGGUUACGCCGGUCAUGGUUACGCCGCGCACGGCUGGUAAACUGUGAUAACCAUUUAGUCAACCAAAUACUCAUUUUUGGAAUGUAAAUUAUGUAAAAAAUAAUGCAAUAGAAAGAAGCGAGGAUGUGUGAAUAAAUGACAUAGUAAUUUUUGUACAAAAA